AUGAUGAGUGGAAAGAUAGAGAAUAAAGAUAAAGAAACGAAAUUAGAAGAUACACCACGGGCGGAGAAAAGGAAGAGGGGAAGACCGACGCAGGAGGAGAGUAGAGACAGAGAGCGGCUAGAAAAUAGAAAAAUAACGGAAAUGUGGAAAAAUGACUCAGAGGAAGAGGAGGUAGAGAGUUCCACAGAUUCGGAGGAGAGAACAAUGAAGAAGAAAGAUCAAAAGUCAACACCGCAGAAUAGGGAGAAGAAGAAGGAACAAGAGACAGAGGAACAGUUGGAUAUGAGUCAAGAUAUUGUAGGUAGAAUAGUGGAAAGUUUAAAGAUAGAGAUAGUACAGGGCAGGGAGUUAUUAGAGAAAGAAGUAAGAAAGGAAAUGAAGGGGUUGGCAAGAAGAAUUGAAGCUAUGGAGGAGAGAUGGAAGAAAAAGGAAGAAGAGAUGGGAAAGAAAAUAGAGGAGAUGCUGGAACAGAUGAAGGAGGUGCAGAAUAAGGAAAGACACAGGAGAAAAGAGGAGAAAGAGGAAGUGGUGGAGGAAGUUAUGGAAAAAAUAGAGGAGAAGAUAAAUGAAAGAGAUAAAAGAAAAGAGGAAAAGGAAAUGGAAAGAUCAAAAGAGGCAUGGAAUGAAGUGAAGAGAAUACACAGGAAGCUGGAGGAAAGAGAGAGGAGAGAGAAGAAAAACAAGAUUGUUAUUAGAGGGUUAGAAGUACCUAAAAGGGAGGCGAAGGAAAAAACCAGACAAUUUUUGAUGGAAGAAUUUGGGGUGAAGGAAGGAAUAGUGGGCAUAGAAAUCAUAGGAGGAGGGGAGAUAGCGAAAGUAUCGAUCGUAGAAAUGGAAAACUGGGAGGCAAAGCAGGAAGUGAUGAAGAAAAAGGGCAAACUACGUGGGAAAAGGAUAUACAUUGACCAUGAUAUGACGCAAGAAGAAAGAAGAGUUCAAAAAUUGUUAAGAGAAAAAGCAAGAGAGGAAAUAAAUGAGGGGAGAGAGGCGAAGGCAUUACUAGAAGUUAGAAAGUUUCAGAUAGGGGAAAGGGUAGAAUCGGAUCAUUUGCCAGCAGAGGUGGAUAUAGGAAAGGAGCAAAGUGAAGAAAUAGCGCAGGAUGAAGGCACAAUGGAAUAUAUUGAGUGGGAUGAGAAAAGCAUAGAAGAUUAUAGGAAGAAAUGUGAGGAACAUGAAUAUAGGCAAGGAACAGUGGACGAAGAAUGGGAGGAUUUACAAAACUGUAUCAAAGAAAGUAUGAUCAGGAAGGAAAGGAGCUGGACGAAGAAUAAGAUAGGGAAUACGAAGUGGUGGGACAAGGAAUGCACAAGGUUAAAGAGAAAAGUAAGAAGGACGUUAGAGGAGAAAAGAGAAAAGGAACUCGAAGAAAUAAGAGAAGCAAAAACAGACAGUCAGAUUUGGGAAUACAUUAAUAAACAAAGGAAGAAGAGGAGGGGGAUAGGAGCAGAGAUUAAGGAAGAAGAAUGGUUGGAUUAUUUCAUGAAGCAAUUAAGCGGAUCAAGAGGGAGAGUAUAUGGAGAGAGGAGAAAGGUAGAGGAGGUGGAAAGUGAGGAAGAGAUUACAGAUGAGGAGAUUGAGGGGCAAAUAGCAAAGUUAAAAAGACGGAAGGCAGCAGGAAGUGAUCGAAUACCAGCAGAGGCGUGGAUUCUAAGUGAAGGGAAGGCAAGAGACAGGAUCAAGAAAGUCAUUAAAAGGGUAUGGAAGGGGGAGGGAUUCCCUAAGGAGUGGAGAAGAGGAGUAAUUGUACCACUGCAUAAAAAAGGGGACUAUCAAAAAGUGGAAAAUUACAGAGGAAUCACGCUGUUGAAUACAGCAUAUAAAAUCUAUGCGGCAGUACUAAAUGAAAGAAUUAAGAAAAAUUUGGAGGAUGAACAGAGUCUGGAUGAUACGCAGGCAGGAUUCAGACGGCAUAGAGGUGUAGUGGAUAAUGUUUAUAUAUUACAGCACGUCGUGGAAAAAGAGCUUAAAAGGAAAGGAGGUAAGAUUUUCGCCUUUUUCAUUGACCUGAAGUCUGCCUUUGAUAAGGUAGAUAGAAGGAAGGUAUGGCUAGCCAUGAGGGAAAGAGGAAUAAGAGAAGGACUGAUAGAGCGUACAAAAGAAAUAUACGAAGAGACAAGAAACACGAUAAGACUAGAGAAUGGGAUGACAGAGGAAUUCUGGACAGAAGAGGGGGUAAGGCAGGGAUGUAUUCUAAGUCCUACACUAUUUAUAACAUUUCUGGCAGAUUUAGAGGAAGAGUUGAAUAAGGCGGGAUGGGGAGGUAUAAAUAUAGGGAUACUAAAUGAAAGAAUUAAGAAAAAUUUGGAGGAUGAACAGAGUCUGGAUGAUACGCAGGCAGGAUUCAGACGGCAUAGAGGUGUAGUGGAUAAUGUUUAUAUAUUACAGCACGUCGUGGAAAAAGAGCUUAAAAAGAAAGGAG